GUUGUACCUGGAGCUCUGUGAGUUCCACAUAUCACCAGUGGGGGCACCAGAGAGGCAAACCUGUGACAGUGUUUCUGAGUGGGGCUACAGUAGAGUUCAGCUUUGGUGUGCUCCAGUUCCUCCUGCCUACUCUCUGAAGAAGAUGGUGCUGUUUUUCUGCUCUCUUGGCCCGUUGAGGACGGGGCUCCUGCUGGCCUCCGUUGGUCUUUUCGUGAGCGUCUGUGAGGGCCGUUCAGAGGCGUCCCGCGGGGUGGUCAUCCCCUUCGUGUUUGACCCCAAAGCAAUAUGCGACCCGCCAUGCAAGCACGCAGGAAUCUGCAUCCGAAACAACACCUGUUUCUGCUCCAAGGGCUAUGAGGGAGAGCUCUGCCAGUAUGCUGACUGUUAUCCCAAGUGUAAGAAUGGAGGGGAGUGCCUUCGUCCUGGGAAAUGUAGAUGUCCUCCAGGAUUUGGAGGAAAAUAUUGUCAUAAAGUGGUCUGUGAUGGGGGUUGCUGGAAUGGAGGAGACUGCACUGCAGUGAAUGGAGUAGUGAAAUGCCUCUGUCCCUCCAGCUGGACUGGGUCUAAAUGUCAAGAAGCGAUUUGUCCCCAGGGCUGCAGGAACGGGGGUAGCUGUGUGGCCCCAGGAAUCUGCAGCUGUCUUGAGGGCUGGCUGGGAGGGGCUUGCCACACCGCUGUCUGUAAGCGUCCAUGUCUGAAUGGGGGGAAGUGCAUUUCCCCUGAUGUGUGCAGAUGUCACCCCCACUUCUCUGGACCACGAUGUGAGGAAAAGAAGAAGGCUUUCUACAACCGGGGGUAACAAAGUGCCUUACACCCCAGAACUACAGGAGAACAAGGGGAAAAUAACUCACUUUUAUCUGUAAACCUAACGAUUUUAAACAAUGGUGCUAUAGGUAAACUGUUUGCUAUUUAAAUGUUGGUAUGAAUUUAUUGUAUGAAUCACUGAACUGUAAUUUGGGACAAAAAUGUCCUGAUAUUUGAAAACAUUUUAUUCUGUCUAUACCAAUUAUUAAAAAAAGGAAAAAAAGUAUAGUUAA